AUGGCAUCCGACAACAGCUCUAAGUCCGACUCUGACGACAAAAGGGAUGACCAAAAUUCCCAGCAUCAACAGUGGCUACAAAUCUGCCAACAGUACAACCUCCAAACUGCCCAGGCAAACCGUCAAGAUGCUGUAGCGGCCCGCCAACGUGCAGAUGCUGUGGUUGAGUACUAUGAUGGGUUGAUCGGCCUGCAAAAUAGGGACUUCGUUCCGCCACAAGGCAGUCUUGGAAUUCGUUUCAAUCAGGAAUCAACGUCUGCUUUACCAACAACUUCGAGCAAUCAAUCAAAUGGCAUUCCCAGCCGUGGCCAGAGAGGGUCCAAAAGCUCAGCCCAGAAAACUGGCAAGUCUAAUCCGAAGGAUUCCCGGAGCGGUAACAAUCGGAGGGAUUCCAAAGGUGGUAGGAGUCGUCAAUCUUCUCCCAGAUCAUCUUCAAAUACACUUUCUGAUACCGAUGAAGAAGAAGUCGCUCGUCCUGUAAGGACCGGAGGGACAAAAAAAAAGAGAGUCAUCGAAGACUCAAGUGCGGAUGAGUCUUCUGAGAGGAAAACUGAUGACAACGACAUUGUUGCAGAUGAUUCUGACAGCCGAAUUUGGCCAAAUGAAACAUGUGAAUACUUGGUCCCAGAAGAACAAUUGAAUGGCACUGGAACGGUAUAUUUUGGCUGGCCUUUUUACCAGAUUGCAACUUGGAAUAAGUCGGACCAGACCAAGAUCCGAAAGAGUUACUGUCUUGGAAUAAUGGAAUGUGGUGAAGAGGGCUGUGACUUUGCCUUAAGACCACAUAAUCCUGAGAAAAGCAAAUUGGGGGAAAAACCUCGGGAUCACCGAAAAACAUGUCUCUUGCACUCGGACCGUCCCUUGGUGUGGAUUCCGUGCAUUGGUGGAGAACGGGCAACUAGCAGACAGAAGAAUCUUCCUGGCGGCAACCCUUGUAUCUUGCAAGAGGAACAACCACCGGAUGGAGGUCUUGUAUUGGUGAAACAUUUUGGAACUCACAAACACAGGAGACCACCCACCGAAAAAGCAAGCCCUGAGUCUCUUAGAGAGAUGGAGAGAAUGGUUCUCGAGAACCCCCACUUGGGCCCUGCCGCUCUUAGAGCUGGAAAUCGAAGUCGUAAGGGUUUGCUGGAGGUAGAUCCCACUUUUGCCAAUCUGAAUCGAGUGAAGAACCAGCGAAGGAGAACAAUUGGGAAGAACCCCAGUUAG